ACUGUUGAGUUGCACGCUGUUUUUGUUUUGUUUUCAUUUUUUACGGAAAAUCAACUAAAUCGCAAUGAAAAUAUCACGUUUUAAAAAAUCUCACAAAACCCUGGUGUUUUUCGCCACAAACUUUGAUUAUCGGGAACCCUACCAGGUGCUAAUCGAUGCCACAUUUUGCCAGGCUGCCUUGCAGCACAAAAUUGGAAUAGACGAGCAGAUAAAGAAGUAUUAAUGUGGCGUUAAAUUACUGACCACUCAGUGCGUCAUCCUGGAGUCUGAGGCCUUGGGAGCUCCUUUAACCGGAGCCACAUCCAUAGUCAAGCGUUUCCAUGUCCACAAAUGUGGUCACGAAGGAAAACCCGUGGGUGCCGCUGAAUGCAUCAAGUCUAUGACCAAGGACAACCGCUAUAUUGUGGCCUCUCAGGAUCGUUUGCUGCAGGAGAGUCUACGCAAGGUGCCCGGUCGCUGUCUGCUGUACCUGCACAAGGCCACUCCCGUCCUAGAAGCACCCUCCAAAGUCAAGAAGUGGGUGCUUAAGCGUGCCAAUAACUUGAUGCUGGGCAAACAGGUCGACAGAAUCGAUUACAUGAAAGAGAAACAAGGCCUGAAAACAGCAGAAACUCCUGCCAAUCCGAAGCGAAAAGGACCCAAGAAUCCUAAUCCUUUGUCGUGCAAGAAGAGCAAAAAGGAAAAGGCGAAAACACCACUUAAGGGAGUACAAGAGCAGAGCACACUGACCAAGGCGAAACGAAAACGUAUUAAAAUUCCGGCCCAUGUCAAGGAAGCUCUUAAGAAAGAUUAAACAAAAGAUUAGAUACUACAGAUGAUAGGUAUAAGAUAAAGAAACUGCAAUUUGUUUAGAAAGAUAUGAGUGUGGCAAUUAGGUUUGUUUGUGGAGAACAUUGUAUUAAUUUUCACAAUCUGAAUUCAAAAUACUUUGUUAGCUUACCCUCAAAACAAACUUACUUUAAAAAGAUUCCCAACUAUCACUUUAUAAUCACACUGCACCUAAUCUUCUGUAUA